AUGGAUAUCCUCAAAGUGUUGUCGCGAGGCAUCAAGCAGACCUCAAAGGGUCCCAAGGCUGCGAAUAAUGCGGUGACAAACCUACCGUCGGCCGGAAACCGAACAAAUCCCCAGCUUUUCCACGAUGAAGUCCCCUCUACGCGGGGACACAAGAGGAAGCGCGGCAAAGAAGAGGUCGAAGAGAAGGAAGAAGCGCAGUUGCCCGAAGUCGAUUUCUUUGCGCCUAAGCCGGAUCCUGGAAAAGAAGCAGAGAAGGCGAUAGAGGCCGCCGCGAAGGACAAGGAUACUACGCAAAAUCCUGCCGUCAAGCCAACUCUGCUCCCCGAAGACGAGUGCCGACAGAUCCUUCGUUCCCACCGAUUGAAGCUCACGCUCCUUUCCGAGCGUCACAAGAAUCCUUCCAAGGUUACAAAGAGCAAGAAGAAGAAGAAGGCUGCUGUCGAGGUGGAGAAAGAGACGAACCUGCUUCACCCGCAGCCUCUGACCUCAUUCCGCGAACUGCGGACGAACUAUAACAUCGCCCCCUUGCUGGCGGACAACCUGGCUCACCAGGGCUAUAAAGUGCCAACUGAGGUUCAGCUGGGCAGCCUUCCUCUUCUUCUGCAGCCCGAGCUUGCGCUCAAGGAAGUUCCUCACAAUGACGAGCUGGGCGACGUGUCGCGAGGAGUUGACUUCUUGGCCGUUGCGCCGACGGGCAGCGGUAAGACGAUUAGUUUUCUAAUCCCUGCCAUUAACUCCAUCAUGCAAAAGAGGGCUUCUGCCGGUGGAGAGCAAGAUGACCACGAGCUCUCUGCAAUCGUCAUUGCGCCGACAAGAGAGCUUGUUUUCCAGAUUGUCAACGAGGGACGUAAGCUUGCCCAGGGUUCUGGCAUCAAGGUUGUGGGCAUGAAGAAGGGCAUGCGGGUUCCUUCUGAGGAAGACGAGAGCUCCGAGAGCGAGGAUGACAAGUCUGAGAGUGAGAACUCUGAAGAUGACGAUGAGGACAGUGAGACUGAGCCUGCCAAAUCAAAGCACGUUACGAAGGCAGACAUUUUAGUUACUACACCGGCACUCCUCGUCAACUUCCUCACAUCUGGAUCAUCAAAGACUCAGCGCGUGCUCCCAACGGUCAAGUCACUCAUUCUUGACGAGGCCGACGUUCUACUUGACCCCAUUUUCCGCGAGCAGACCAUGGCCAUCUGGACCGCUUGCUCUAACCCCGACUUGAAAAUCACAUUCUGGUCUGCGACGUUCGGAUCCAAUAUUGAGACCUUGGUCAAGGAGAUUCAGGCAGAGAGAUCAUCAACUAAGCCCUUACUUCGCCUGGUUGUUGGACUGAAGGACACGGCUGUCCCCAACGUAACUCAUAAACUAGUCUACACCGCAACAGAGAAGGGAAAGUUGCUUGGUCUGCGACAGCUCCUUCACCCCACCGCAGGAGACGACUCGGGCCCUCCGUUGCGCCCCCCGUUCCUAGUCUUCACUCAGACCAUUGAGCGUGCGACCGCGUUAGCAGAGGAAUUGAAGUAUGACAUACCACUGGCAGCUGGCGGCCCGACCAGAAUCGCUGCCCUGCACAGUGGUCUGUCUGAUAAAGCUCGUGCAGGAAUCAUGCGCCGCUUCCGCGCUGGCGAGGUCUGGAUUCUGAUUACGACAGACGUGCUCGCCCGCGGUGUCGACUUUGCAGGUGUAAACGGCGUUGUAAAUUACGACGUUCCUGGCUCCAGCGCUGCCUACGUUCACCGUGCUGGACGUACCGGCCGAGCCGGUCGUGAAGGAGGUGUUGCUGUAACCUUUUACACAACUGACGAUAUCCCUUUUGUCAAGAGUGUUGCCAACGUCAUCGCCGCCAGUGAGAAGCAGGCUGGCAAGUCAGGCGACGAGGCCAACGUACAGAAGUGGCUCCUCGACGCCCUGCCAAACGUGAGCAAGGCAGAUAAGAAGAAGUUGAAGGAGAAGGGCGUUGAGGCAAGACGUAGCCACGGAGCGGCGAUGAUCUCUACCGAGAGUAAAUGGGAGAGACGGAGGGAAAACAACAAGAAGGGAGCUGCUGCAGCGAGCAAGCAGAGGAAGAAGCAAGAAAAGUCCUCCAGGGCGGACGAUAACAAUGAUGUUGGUGAAUGGGGAGGCAUUGACGACUAA